AGCUCCUCUCCGCCUGAGGCGCCGGGCAGAAGCCGCGGCCGCCGCUCCCUGCGGACCGGCAGUGGGCGGGGAGCGGAACGCGGGAGCCCGGCGCGAGCCGCCAGACAAGUGUUUUUUAUUUUUAUUUUUUUGUGCGAGGCCGCAGCGGCUGCACCCUAGAGCCCUGAACGCACCGUGCAGGGGGAUGCGAGCGGCCGCGGCGGCUGUGUCAGGAGAACCGGAGCGCCGUUGACCCGAGCGAGCGAGGGAGGGGAGGAACUCCCCCGGGGUUGGCCGAGUGCGGGGGAGGGGACGGCGGGAGCGCGGGGCGCACGCCGGGCGGGGCAGGGGGUCAGUGAUGACCGGGCGCGCGGGGAGGCUGCACGCCGCCGCCGCCGCCGCCCGGAGCAUCUGCCGCCGGAGCUGCGGAUCGCGGCCGCCGCCGCCCGGGCCAUGGAGACGCUGAACGGUCCCGCGGGCGGCGGCGCCCCGGACGCCAAGCCGCAGCCAGCCGGCCAGCAUCACCGCCACCACCACCUGCACCCGCUGGCCGAGAGGAGGCGGCUGCACCGCGCGCCCUCGCCCGCCAGACCCUUCCUCAAGGACCUGCACGCGCGGCCCGCCACGGCCGCCCCCUCCGCGGCCCGUGCCCCGACUCCCGCCGCUCCUCGCUCGCCCAGCCUCGCCGGGAAGGCGCCGCCGUCGCCCGGGCCCCCGGCCGCACCCGGCCGCCUCUCCCGACGCAGCGGCGCGGUCCCCGGCGCGAAGGACAAGCCGCCGCCGGGCGCCGGAGCCAGGACGGCGGGUGGCGCCAAGGCCGCCCCGGGGACCAGGAGGGCGGCGCGCGCGGGGCCGGCGGAGCCGCCGUCCCGGGUCGGGAGGUCGGCUGGGGCCGAGCCGCCGCCCGCGGUCGCGAAGGGCCGCAAAGCCAAGCGCGGCCCCGGGGCGCCCCCGGCUCGCGCCCUCGGGCCCCCGGCCCCCGCCGCUCGGGUCCCCGCCGUGACCCUCUCCGUGACCUCGGUGGCCGCCUCGCGGAUCAGCCACACGGACAGCAGCUCAGAUCUCUCCGACUGCGCCUCGGAACCCUUGUCUGAUGAGCAGCGUCUGCUCCCCGCCGCCAGCAGUGACGCCGAGUCCGGCACCGGCUCCAGUGACCGGGAACCCCUGCGCGGGGCCCCCACGCCCAGCUCCGGACCCCGCGGCCCGCCGCCGGGCAGCCCCGAGCCCCCCGCCCUGCUCGCGGCGCCCCCUGUCGCCGGUGCCUGUCUCGGGGGCCGAAGCAGCCCGGGCAGGGGUCCCUCGGGGUCUCCCGGGCCCGGUUCUCAGGAGGAUGUUGGGGGCCGGGCGCCACCGGAGCGGAUGGUUCUCGGGACCGCCAAGGAGCCAGGCUUCGGCGAACAGCCCCGGCUCUUGGUGGUGGCCGAGGAGGAGGAGUUGCUGAGGGAGAUAGAGGAGCUGCGCUCGGAGAACGACUACCUCAAGGACGAGCUGGAUGAACUCCGUGCAGAGAUGGAAGAGAUGAGAGACAGCUAUCUAGAAGAGGAUGGCUACCAGCUGCAGGAGCUGCGGAGAGAGCUGGACCGAGCUAACAAGAACUGCAGAAUCCUGCAGUACCGACUCAGGAAGGCUGAGCAGAAAAGCCUGAAGGUGGCGGAAACAGGACAGGUGGAUGGGGAACUCAUCAGAAGCCUGGAGCAGGACUUGAAGGUCGCCAAAGACGUGUCUGUGAGAUUGCACCACGAACUGGAGACCGUGGAGGAGAAGCGCGCCAAGGCUGAAGAUGACAACGACACACUCCGGCAGCAGAUGAUCGAGGUGGAGAUAUCCAGACAGGCACUUCAGAACGAGCUGGAGAGACUGAGAGAGAGUUCUCUGAAGAGAAGAGGCAGCCGAGAAAUAUACAAAGAGAAGAAAACCAUUAACCAGCAGAAUGGUGGAAUGGAACGCCCUGGGAACUGCAGGUUGGCCACCAAAACCCAAAGGAAGCUGGCACCAAGGCACAAGAUAACCUUCCCUCGGGCUAUUCUUGCCUGGCAGGAUGACAGUGCGGAUUUGAAGUGCCAGCUUCAGUUUGCCAAAGAGGAAGCCUCCCUGAUGCGCAAAAAGAUGGCCAAGUUGGGGCGGGAGAAGGACGAGUUGGAACAGGAAUUGCAGAAGUAUAAGUCCCUCUAUGGUGAUGUGGACAGUCCCCUCCCAACAGGGGAGGCUGGCGGGCCCCCCAGCACCAGGGAGGCAGAGCUGAAGCUGCGGCUGAAGCUGGUGGAGGAGGAGGCCAGCAUCUUGGGCCGGAAGAUCGUGGAACUGGAGGUGGAAAACCGUGGCCUCAAGGCAGAGAUGGAAGACAUGCGGGUUCAGCACGAGCAGGGAGCAGGCAGGGACCACGUGCCGAGCAUUCCUACCUCACCCUUCGGAGACUCACUGGAGUCCUCCACGGAGCUCCGCCGGCACCUGCAGUUCGUGGAGGAGGAAGCUGAGCUGCUGAGGAGAUCCAUAUCUGAGAUAGAAGACCACAAUCGGCAGCUGACCCACGAGCUGAGCAAGUUCAAGUUUGAGCCUCGCCAGGAGUCAGGGUGGCUGGGGGACGGCGUAUCUAAGGGCCCCGGGGCCAGCAUUCCCCUACAGGAGGAGCUGAAGUCAGCCAAGCUGCAGAUCGAUGAGCUCAGCGGGAAGGUGUUGAAGCUGCAGUAUGAGAACCGGCUGCUGCUGUCCAAUGUCCAGCGGUGUGACCUGGCUGCACAUCUGGGGCUACGUGCUCCGAGCCCCCGAGACAGUGACGCCGAGAGCGACGCCGGCAAGAAAGAGAGCGAUGGGGAAGAGGGCCGCCCGCCCCAGCCAAAGCGAGAAGGCCCUGUCGGUGGGGAGAGCGACUCCGAGGACAUAUUUGAGAAGACCUCAGGCUUCGGCAGUGGAAAGCCAUCUGAGGCGAGUGAGACAUGCCCAGCAGAACUCCUGAGGGCCCGGGAGGACACCGAGUGCCUGGUGACCAUAAAACACGAGGCCCAGCGGCUUGAGCGGACCGUGGAGCGCCUCAUCACCGACAUGGAUGGUUUCGUGGAUUCAGGCCUCCAAAGCGAAGGCGAGGGCAGCCCCAAGGAGCCCCACUUGUUGGAGACCAUCAACACAAGGAUGAAGGCUUUCAGGAAGGAGCUGCAGGCCUUCCUGGAGCAGAUGACGCGGGUCGUGGAUGGUCUGUCGCCCCUGUCCCACCUCACAGAGUCCUCCAGCUUCCUCUCCACCGUGACUUCUGUGUCCCGGGACUCCCCCAUCGGGACCCUGGGGAAGGAGCUGGGCCCGGACCUGCAGUCCAAACUGAGGGACCAGCUGGAGUGGCAGCUCAGUCAGGAUCGCGGGGAUGAGCGAGAGGGCCCUCGCCUCCGAGCCGCCCGGGAGCUGCAUCGCCGUGCCGAUGGGGAUUCCGGCAGCCACGGGCUGGGAGGCCAGAGCUGUUUCAGCCUAGAGCUCAGGGGCUCCCCCGUUUUACCUGAGCAGAGUGUGUCGGUAGAAGAGCUACAGGGUCAGCUCGCGCAGGCGGCCAGACUGCAUCAGGAGGAGACAGAGACGUACACAAACAAGAUCCGUAAGAUGGAGGAGGACCACCUGUAUGCCUUGCGUUGGAAAGAGCUGGAAAUGCACAGCCUGGCCUUGCAGAACACCCUCCACAAGCGAACCUGGAGUGAUGAGAAGAAUCUGCUGCAGCAGGAGCUCCGGUCCUUGAAGCAGAACAUUUUCCUCUUCUAUGUCAAGCUCAGGUGGCUGCUGAAGCACUGGAGACAAGGGAAGCAGAUGGAGGAGGGAGGAGAGGACUUCGCGGAGAGCGAACAUGCAGACAGUGCGCAUGGGCUUGCUGAGCUUGAAGUCCAGGGCAGUCACCAGACGGCAGGAGCUGACCAAGAGGAUUCCGACCGAAGCUGCGGCCUUCCCCCGGGAGAGCAUGCCCCACAGUCCCCGGGACAGAUGAGCGAACGUGGAUCACGGCUGCCAGCUGCAGAUGGGGGACCACUCAACAGGCAGGUGGUGGAGAAUCAGCAGCUGUUCAGGGCCCUCAAGGCCCUGCUGGAGGACUUCCGUUCCGAGCUCCGUGAGGACGAACAUGCCCGGCUGCGCCUGCAGCAGCAGUAUGCCAGCGACAAGGCUGCUUGGGAUGUGGAGUGGGCUGUGCUCAAGUGCCGCCUGGAACAGCUGGAGGAGAAGACUGAGAAGGGCCUGGGGGAGCUGGAUUCCUCUGCUGAGGGCAAAGGUGCCCUGAGAAAGGAGAGAGAGGCACACCAGAAGCUGCUGGCUGAUAGCCACGGCCUGGUCAUGGACCUGCGCUGGCAGAUCCACCUCCGGGAGAAGAACUGGAAUCGAGAGAAGGUGGAGCUGCUGGAGCGUCUGGACAGCGAGCGGCAGGAGUGGGGGCGACAGAAGGAGGAGCUCCUGUGGCAGGUGGAGCAGUUACAGAAAGAGAACAGUCCCCGGAGAAGCAGCGGUUUCCUCUGCAGUCCGAAAGAGGAUGAGGCCCACCCUUUUCCACACCAAGCAGGGCUCCGUACACCCCGACCCACGUCCAUGUGGCCCCAUGCAGACACUGACUCCAUCCCAUUUGAGAACCGGCCACUCUCCAAACUGAAGGAGUCGGACAGGUGCUCGGGCAGCGAGAACCUGUACUUGGAUGCACUCUCCCUGGAUGAUGAAGCUGAGGAUACGCCACCCCUCAGGAAUUGCCUUGCUGAGGAAGAAGAAAGUCGCAAGGGAAAUCUUCAAAGGGCUGUGUCUGUGUCCUGUAUGUCUGAGUUCCAGCGUCUGAUGGAUAUCUCCCCAUUCCUGCCUGAGAAGGGCCCACCAUCUGCCAGCAGCAAGGAGGAUGUCACUCCACCCCUGUCUCCCGACGACCUGAAGUACAUCGAGGAGUUCAACAGCAAAAACUGGGACUACACAUCCCACAGGGCUGGUCCCAGCAGGCCUUCAGACCUCUGGGCAGACAGGACCGAGGCGGGGCAGGUAGGACACGAAGCCAGCACUGAGCCUUUCCCCGACUCCUCCUGGUACCUGACCACGAGUGUCACCAUGACCACAGACACCAUGACCAGCCCAGAGCACUGCCAGAAGCAGCCACUGCGGAGCCACGUCCUCACGGAGCAGUCUGGGGUGCACGUACUCCACAGCCCGCCUGCCAUUCGCCGGGUUGACAGUCUAGUGUCUGGGGGUGAGGGCAGGAGCAGAGUGGACCCUGAGGGCCCCUUUCCCAUGAGCAGAGCAAGAGGGAACCUGGCAGAUGCCAAGGGAGGCCAUCCGGAACCUGUGCUCAACAGGUGGUCUUGCACCCCACCCAGACACCCCCGAGACUAUGUGGAGGGGUCUCUCCGCCCCCUGGACAGACCCACCUGCCCCUCCCUGGGAUUUGCCUCCCCACUGAACAGCUUAGACAUGUCUAAGAACAUGAGUGACGACAUGAAGGAGGUAGCCUUCUCUGUCAGGAAUGCCAUCUGCUCCAGUCCCGCGGAACCACAAGUCAGGGAUAUGGCCUGCCAGACCAAUGGGUCCAGGACGGCGGGGACACAGACAGUCCAGACAAUCAGCGUGGGCCUGCAGACCGAGGCCCUCCGUGCCAGCGGCGUCACCAGCAGCCCCCACAAGUGUCUCACGCCAAAAGCCGGAGGUGGCACCACCCCUGUGUCUUCUCCUUCCCGAAGCCUUAGAAGCCGACAGGUGGCCCCUGCCAUCGAGAAGGUGCAGGCCAAGUUUGAACGCACCUGCUGCUCCCCAAAGUACGGUUCUCCCAAACUUCAGAGAAAGCCCCUCUCAAAAGCUGACCAGCCAAAUAGCAGGACCUCACCAGGCACAGCCCAGAAAGGGUUCAGCGAGUCGGCCUGGGCCCGCUCCACCACCACAAGGGAGAGCCCUGUGCACACCACCAUCAACGAUGGCCUCUCCAGCCUCUUCAACAUCAUUGACCACAGUCCUGUGGGGCUGCGGGCUGGGAGCCGGUCUCGCUCAGCGGAGCCCCGACAGGAGCUGGGUCCAGGCCAGGAAACGGGCACCAGUUCUCGGGGAAGGUCGCCCAGUCCCCUAGGGGUGGGCUCCGAGGCGUGCAGGGAGGAUGGGGGAGAGAGCACACCAGUGAGGCAGGACUUGUCCGCCCCCCCUGGCUACACACUCACUGAGAACGUGGCCCGGAUCCUCAACAAAAAAUUGUUGGAGCAUGCCUUAAAGGAGGAGAGGAAACAGGCCGCCCAUGGCCCCUCGGGCCUCACCGGCGACAGCCACGCUGGAGAAGCAGCACCAGCCGAACCAGGAUCCAUGGAGGAACUACCUUGUUCUGCGCUCGCACCAUCCCUAGAGCCCUGCUUCUCCAGGCCAGAAAGACCAGCAAACCGCCGCCUUCCAUCCCGUUGGGCCCCACCUUCCCCCGCUGCCUCCCAGUCUCAGUCACCCGGAGACCCUGUGUCGUUGGAGGACCACGGUGAGGAGGAUCCGACAGAGGAGAAGCCACACCUGUGACGUGAUGCAAGCUUGCAUGGAUCAUCGCGGGAAUGAGUCCCUGUAAUGCAGAACCAGACCAUCACCAUCAACCGACCUCUGCCGAGAAGGAGAGCUGUAGCUUCCUCAAGGUCAAAGGAUGUCUUUACAAAUACACGGCUGCUGAAUGUUCAGCCUGGUAACCUGAGAUGUUUCGGGAAUGAAACAGUUAAGCGUGCCUGUAAUAAUUUUUUUCAUAGCUCAGAAAACUAUUUUUGUCUCCAUCUUUUUUUACACACAAUAUAUUAAACAAAAAAAGGUAAAUAAGAUAUAAAUAGAUUUAAGAGUUUUAAAAUGUACAUUUUAAGAGAUUCCCAACACCCUUGUUCUCGAUCCUGACUGCCUCUGUUAAAUUUGCACUGUUCCAUUUUGCUUGGGUUUCUCUGUGUUGAGAUCAGCGUGUUCUAAGUUAAAUUUUGUUUUGUCCAGUAUUAAUUUUUUUAGGAGUCUUUUUUUUUAAUGCUUUGGACCGUCUAACUCAGUGAACUCUUUGUAGUGAAAAGGCCAUGAGGCCAGAAGACAAGAGUGUCUGUGACCUGGAAGGAUGCAGGUCAACAUUUCUGCAACGGUACGGAGCCCCUCAGAUGGACUUAAGGCUCACUGAAGGACACGUCUUCUGCUCGGCCUGGCCGCGCGUCUUCGGGCACCUGUACAUACACCGCUCCGUCCCUGCCAUCACCUGUGUGUGCGUCGGCCUGGCCCACUGUAACUCGUGACGUUCCUUGUGCUGUACUGUACUGUUGGUCCCCUUGUUCCACUGAGACAACAGCACCAUUUUUAAAUUAUUGUUAAAACAUUAACUGGCGGUGUACAACGCUCACUCAAGAUUUUCUUGUUUAAGGAAAAGCACUACAAAAAAAAAAAUCACGCGGAUGCCAAAUUGAGACAAAUGAUGGUGCCUCAGAGUCUGUCUGAGACUGUGAUGACACAGAAAUAAAGUCCUUCCAAGGAGACA